CGGGACAAGCCUUUUGGAAAGGCACUGAAAAAAAUAUAUCCUGACACUUCUUGUUGAGGAGAGCUGACUUAGAGACAGUGAUUCAAAUCACCUUUCACAUUUGGAACCUUGCCUCACAUCAGAGAACCAUCUGUGGUACAGACUGGCACGGUAGAAAUUUGGAACGCACACUAGCUGGAAGGAACACAAGAACUCCCUUACAUGGAAACUAUCCAGCCCAUUAUUAAGCUGCUGUCAGCUCUUGGACAGAGGUCUUUCACAGCAAGGAUUAUCUGAUCCUUUUAUCUGCAGAUCACUGCUUGUCAUUGAGCACAAAGAAACCACAGCGACUUUUACAUCCUUCAUUAAGAAGAAAGAAGUCAGCAGAGCAGGAUCAAUAUAGACUUGUUUUCUGGUGGCCUUUUCAUACAAAGGCUGCCCACGGAGGGGGGCAGAAAAGAAAGGCAUACCGUGAUAUUUAAUGAGCUAUGAAAUGAAGCUUUCCUGCUGCUGCUCCUCCUGCUGCUGCUGCUGCUGCUGCUGCUAGCCUUCUGAUUCCAAGAUUGGUCUGCUAUUCAUUGUGUUUAAUAUACAUGUUUCUGCACCGUGCAUUUAGAAGACUCCAGAGAGGAAUUCAAAACGGCUGCCGGGGAAAGGCCACCAAACAUGCCUACAGAAACACUACAGACAGGUAGCAUGGUCAAACCCGUCAGCCCUGCCAUCACGUUCACCUCUGCUGUCCCUCUCCGCAUCUUAAACAAAGGACCUGACUACUUCCGCAGGCAAGCGGAGCCUAAUCCAAAAAGACUUAGUGCUGUGGAGAGGCUAGAAGCUGACAAGGCAAAAUAUGUCAAGAGCCAGGAGGUCAUCAAUGCCAAACAAGAACCAGUGAAGCCAGCAGUGCUCCCCAAGCCACCAGUUUGUCCUGCGGCUAAGCGGGCCUUGGGCAGCCCUACUUUGAAAGUGUUUAGCAACAAUGCAAAGACUGAGAGUGGCGUCCAGAGGGAGAAUCUAAAGCUAGAGAUUUUGAAAAACAUCAUCAACAGCUCAGAGGGCUCUAGUUCAGGUUCAGGUCACAAACACAGUUCGCGAAACUGGCCUCCCCACAAAUCAGAAUCAGGAGACAAAAACCGGCACUCAUUUGCAGAAUCCUUAAAGGUUUACCCCACCCAAGGCCGAAGCAGCCCUCAAGAAAGCAACUCCAGCGUGAGUAGACGGCUGCUGGAACAGUCAGCAGAGUCAUUCUUGCAUGUUUCUCAUAGCUCCUCAGACAUUAGAAAAGUAUCUAGCAGCAAAACCUUGAAAGCAAUACCAUGCAGUAGUUCAGCUCCACCUCUGCCUCCUAAACCCAAAAUUGCUGCCCUCACCACCCUGAAAUCACCAGAGAUAGACACAGUGGAAUCAAGUUGUGGAGUCAGCAGACGACCCUCCCUGCAGCGAUCAAAGUCAGACUUAAGUGACAGAUACUUUCGAGUCGAUGCUGAUGUUGAAAGAUUCUUUAACUAUUGUGGACUGGAUCCUGAAGAGCUUGAAAACCUUGGGAUGGAAAACUUUGCAAGGGCUAACUCUGACAUUAUCUCUCUCAACUUUCGCAGUGCAAGUAUGAUCAGUUCAGACUGUGAACAGUCUCAGGACAGCAACAGUGACCUUAGAAAUGAUGACAGUGCCAAUGACCGCGUGCCAUAUGGCAUUUCUGCAAUUGAAAGAAAUGCCAGAAUCAUCAAGUGGUUAUACAGCAUCAAACAAGCUAGAGAGUCACAGAAAGUGUCCCAUGUGUGAGUGAAUCUGCUGCGAGUCAGGGAGGGGGAAGAAGAAAGACUGUACCUUUGUGAAUAUUCAGUUGUGAAGGGUUGUGAAGUCUACUUGAAGUCUUAAUACACUUCUCAGAUCUCGAUCUCUCUCUUUUUUUCUUUUCUUUUUUUGUUGUGUUGCUUGUUGUGCAAUGUUUUCAAGUUGCAUGCCUGUCAACAUGGGAACUGACCUGGCUUCCACUUGAACAAUAACUAGCUACAGAGCCUGGCUAAGCAUAGACUUGUUAUCUGCCAAAAGUUUAAGACCAGAAUCUAAAUAGGGCUUUGUUUCUGAACAAAUUGUUUACAUUAAAUGGUUAUAUGGCUUCUUUUUAAUAGUCUUGUAGUCCCUUGUGAGUUUUUUAAUAUCCUAUAACGUUGGGUGUCUUGAGCACAUGUAUAGUUAAGACACAUGUAUUGUUUGAAGUUAAGAUUUAAUAGGAGGGGAAAUUGCCAAAUAAGGUUGUUGUAAAACCUUACCUAAAAAUAUCACUGUAAUCUGUGGAAUAAAUGAGACAGAUUAACUGUCCAUAAACAAAAUAGUAUGGUAUAGCUGGUUUUAGUUUUUUGAAACAGUUGCUUACUUUUCAAACAAAUUGUGCACAGUUCUUUUUUGUUUUGUUUUAAUGUUCUAAGUGAAGUAUCUCAUCCUUGCCCAGCCUUUUUACAAACUAUGAAAGUAGUCUAGGAAGAUGUCUCAAAUUUUAUAAAUAACUCCUGCAGGUGUUUGGUGUAAAAAGAAAAGAAAAGUGGUGGUUUGGUUUUGGUAAUUGGGGGAUGUUUUGGAGUGAUUCUGAGAAGGUGACAUAUGAAAACCAGGGAUGACAUUUUAAAGGAAGGUUCCUCGUCUUAAACUUUUGACAGGAAUUGUUAGGUCCUGUUUUGCUGAUCCUGAAUGCCUUUAAAUAGACAAAGCACAUCAUGAUUACAAGCUCCUGCUGCUGACUACUUUUUCUUGUAGACCAGUUUGACCAGUUUGAGCAGUUCAUGAACAGAAAAUGGAAGUACACAGCCAUAUCAGUAUGAGCCUCUUAAUUCAGAAGCUGAACACAAUAUAGCUGAACUAUAUCUGAGAAAUUGUAAUUACGUUGUCUUAAAUAUGUUAUAUCUUAAGGCUGUGGAAAUUUGUUACAGCUCUAGGAAACUAUAGAAACAUGACAGUAUGUAGCUUUUUUUAACCCCUUCUCUUCUGUCGUCUUCUGCCCUCCAGUGUUUAGUGCUGCACUUCAAACUGUUACACCUUUUGGUUCCCUUUUCUUUCCUUUUUUAACACUCUUGUGUCUUCCCAGUGGUUUAACUGUCAUGUCAAAGUGACAGUUGUGGAUAAGUAGUUGAAAAGUUGAAAGUGCAGUGGUCUGCUUCAUUAUUAUUAUAAUUAUUCUUAUUAUUCCUGCUUUGAAGUACUUUUGCAGCACUAUCUUAUAAUUCAUCACUAAUAGGAAACUUCUUAUUGUGUAAAUGCUGUAAGACUUUGUACAUAUUUCAGUUCUUAUGAGAUCUUUAAAAAAGUGUUAUGCUAAUAAAUAGCUCUUGGUGCAGCUACCA